AUGGCGGAGCACCUGGCGAGCAUCUUCGGCACGGAAAAGGACCGCGUGAACUGUCCGUUUUACUUUAAGAUCGGCGCGUGUCGUCACGGCGAUCGCUGCUCGCGGCUGCACAACAAGCCCACGGCGUCGCAGACGAUCCUGCUGACGAAUCUGUACCGUCCGGACGUCGAGGUGGCGGCGGACCCGCGGGCGGCGACGAGCGGGGCGGCGAGCCGGGCGGGGCGAGGGCAGGAGGGAUUCGAGGCGUUCGUCGAGGACGUCUUCGAGGAGCUGGACGAGUGCGGAGAGAUCGAGGGCGUGAACGUGUGCGAUAACGUCACGGAUCACAUGAUGGGGAACGUGUACGUGAAGUUCGUCGAGGAGGAGGCGGCGGGUCGAGCGGUGGAGAAAUUGAGAGGGAGGUAUUACGACGGACGACCGAUCGCGGCGGAAUUUUCGCCGGUGACGGAUUUCAGGGAGAGCACGUGCAGGCAGUACGAGGAGAAUUCGUGCACGCGGGGGGGGUACUGCAACUUCAUGCACUUGAAACCGAUCGGACGAGGCAUGCGGAAGCGGUUGUACGGACGGUACUUGGGAGGAGGGCGACGCGAACGACGCGAGGGCGAGCGGAGUCCGGGGCGAAAGCGCGAGAGAGACGACGGGGAGGACGACGGUCGAGUCACCGCCAAGGGGAUGUCGGACGACGCGCGACGGGCGAUGUUCGCGUCUUGGAACGACGCCGACGACGAAUGA